AUACUAUAACAAUGAAAUCAGUAACAGUUGUUCUUUCAAUGAUCAUGUCUGUUUAUAUUCAUUUGACUUGAUCUUAUUCUAGUCCUUCAAAUUUUUGUUCUGAUUGAUUUCUUGGUUUUACAUGGGCUUAGACAUGGAGGCUCUGAAGCCGGAUGUUUUUGUUGAAAAACAUCAUUUCAUUGGUGAACCUCUGGAUACUAAUCAGGAAGUGAUUUAAUGCGGAAUAGGAUAAAUAAACUGGAGUGUCACUCUUCUCAAUGGAGAGAUGUUCCCAAAAAGGUGACUGGAGCAGCUAGUCUGACAUUUAAGGAACAAACAACAGGUUUCCUGAACAUGAAUGAAAAAAUGAGGGGACAAAGUGCUGAUGCCAGUGGAAACAAACCCAGUUGUGAUGUUGCUUUUCAAAAUGUUGAAUAUCUAAAGGAGCCAGAAAUAUCCAAUGUUUCUUCUGGAGGAUCUGCACCUGUUGUUAGUGAGGCAUCUGCAGUGAUUCAUGACAAUGAGUUCACUACUGAUGAUCAAAAGACUGUGGCAAGUAAUGUUGUAGAUGAAGGAUCAAGAAUCAACAGAUGUUGGUCAUCUAAUGAUGCACAAGGCAGUGAACAAAGUGCAGAGUUUCUUGGUGUUGCUUGUGAAUUCAACCCCAUGGAUGCAGGACCAUCCAAAGGGUUUGCUGAUAAUUCUUCUGAUAGUCUGAUUGAUGAACUUCGACUAAGAGAUCCCUUAAAAUUGAACAAAAUGCAGACCCAUUCUAGCUUCAGCAUUCAAGAAAAGAGCCACCAUAUUCAGAAAGUGUCUGAUUUCUCCAAAAAGGUGAUUAGAAAAAGAACCAAAUGGAGAAAGUUGGAUAUAACUCUUCCUACAGUCUACUCUGCUUGUGGCUAUCCAGAGGACACUUGUGGUUCUGGUCUGCAACAUCCGUGCAAUGAUGAAAAAGGUCCCCCCCUAUCUGAAAAUGGCAGUGCAGAAAAAUGUGUGUAUUCCAUAGAACCAAGUUUCAGAGAAAGGAGAUUCAGAAUGCGUUCAUUGAAUACUCUUUCUUGCAGUGGUAAAGUUAAUUGCCAUGAUGCAAAAGCUGUUGGUACUCAGUCAGAUCUUUUAAAGGUCAGUGAUGAUGAUACCUUUGUAGCUUGUGAAUUACCAAGAAGAAAGAGACUGAAACUGGACACUGCAACACCUGUUAGGCAGGCAAAUGAGGGAUAUUAUCUAGGUGUUGACGCUGCAGCUAAGUGCAGUUUGGUAGAUACCUCUAUGUUUCCUGAGAUGCAUGAGAAGGCUUAUAGAAGGGCUGUAAGACCAAUAGUGGGGCAGAAAUAUGGAGUAAUUUCUAAUGCGAAUCCAUCAAAACCAGUCAAAUUUGUUUCUCUAAGAAAAAUUUGUGACUUAUUGGAAAAGUAUAGCUCUUCUGGAAACUCCACUGCAAAAUUGACUUCUGUAAAAUUCAGGAAGGCAAGUGCAAAAGAAAAACAUCGACGCAUUAACAGUUCUCCAUAUCUCAAGAAAGUCAAAAGUUGUAAUGCCAAUUGUGUUGUAACUACCAAAAAAUCUAAAAGUCAUCUCUUGACAUCUAGUGAAUUGGAUCCUUGCCAAUCAUUAGAGCAAUCCAAAAGAGCCCAUUGCCAUGGAGGUGAACAAGGGGCUCACUUAUUCUACUCUCUAGAGAAGAGAAGGUAUGAUUACCUUAUAGAAACUGGUAAUAUUGCAGAUGGUUCUCUGCCAACUCCACAGAAGCCAUUGUCCAAGGAGUUUCACAAACAGGGCCUUAAUGAGUUGACACUUGAAGGUAUUCAUCCAGGAGAAGGAGGUUCUACCUGUGCUCGAACAGAGGGAUACAAGGGACGCAAAAAGGAAGGAGUGCGGUAUAAUCUUCAUCAAUAUUCUGAGUCUGGCGGUGGAGGCCUUGUUGCCCAGGAGCAAUUAAAUGCCUGGAUUCACAUAACUGGACAAAAGCCAUCAAGAAAGGAGAUUCUGAGGCUUCCACCUAAAGAUGUUGGAUAUGAUUAUCGGAAGGAAUAUGUUCGCUAUAAGCACUCCAAAGCGUGGAAGAGUUUGGUUGUGUAUAAAUCUGGCAUUCAUGCUCUUGGUCUUUACACGUCUAGGUUUAUUUUACAAAGCGAAAUGGUUGUUGAAUAUGUGGGUGAGAUAGUGGGGCUCCGUGUGGCUGACAAAAGAGAAAUUGAGUACCUGUCAGGAAAGAAAUUGCAGUAUAAGAGUGCUUGUUAUUUCUUUAGGAUUGAUCAAGAGCAUAUAGUUGAUGCAACCCAAAAGGGAGGGAUUGCCCGAUUUGUGAACCAUUCAUGCCUGCCAAACUGCGUUGCCAGAAUCAUUUCUGUGAGGAAUGAGAUGAAGGUAGUAUUCUUUGCUGAGAGAGAUAUCUAUCCUGGAGAAGAGAUAACAUAUGAUUACAAUUUUAACCAUGAAGAUGAAGGCGAAAAAAUCCCCUGCUACUGUAAUUCAAAGAAUUGCCGGCUGUAUCUAAACUGACAGCUUGAUACUUCAUAAUCUGGGAGCCAAUUGAAGUAUAUGGAUGUAAUUAUUUGGCCUCUGCAGAAGUACGUGCUAAUAUUCUCGUGA